AUGUCGACCUCGACUGGUCGCCGCGAUAUUGUCGUCAUUGCUCACCACAAGGUGACCCUCCUCGAGGCAUCCGAGAUCGCUGGCGGGGCUUCAGGCAAGGCAGGCGGACUACUGGCUCAAUGGGCAUAUCCCAGCAACAUCGUCGACCUGAGCUUCUCUCUCCACGCGCAGCUUGCUCAGGAGCACAAUGGAAGUGAGAAAUGGGGCUACCGGGAGACCAACUGUGGUCAACUGGUUGUCAAAGGCCGCGCCAUGAGUGACAAGAGCCACAAGGAGGCAGGCGAAUCUCUUCAGAAGCGCAGCAAGGCCGCAGUCUCUAGGCUCAAGGUCGACAACAUCCCUAAAGAUCUCGACUGGGUAGAGUCAGACCUUUUGCGGGCCUAUGAGAGUAUGAGUGGGCCCGGUGAGACUGCUCAAGUCCACCCAUAUCUGUUCACCACUUCCAUGGCGGAACUGGCAGAGGAGAAAGGCGCGGUAGUCAUCAUUGGUCAAGUGGAUGAGAUUUCUCGCUCCGCUGAUGCUGUUGAAUCAGUGACCUACACUGAGAAAGCUUCCGGGGAAGUCCGAACCAUUGCUGCUACCGAUGUAAUCGUGGCGGCUGGUCCAUGGACUCGAUCAGUCCUACCAGAGGCACCAAUCACGGCCAUGCGUGCUCACAGCGUUGUCAUUGAGCCUGCUAGGCCUGUCAGUGCCUACGCGUUGUUUACAAACAUUGAGAUUCCUGCAAACUUCGACCCUGCGAGGAAGUCACGGGCCACCGUCGCAGCCCCAGAAAUCUACACCCGUCCGGACGACACAGUAUACGCAUGUGGUGACGGAGACCAGACUGUACCACUACCGAGUACCUCUGCCGAGGUCGAAGUCGACCUGGAGCGUUGCCAGGAAAUCAUCGAUCAGGUUGGCAGUAUCUCAGAUGCACUGCGCCACGGCAACAUUCAGACAAGGCAGGCUUGUUACUUACCCAACUGCGAGAAUGGCAAGGGUCCUUUGGUGGGCUUGACCCAUACUAAGGGAUUGUAUCUCGCAGCUGGCCAUACGUGCUGGGGUAUCCAAAAUGGACCUGGUACUGGCAAACUCAUGAUGUCUCCCUUCAAUGCCAUCAACUUGAAUGAUGCGGUCAACGAUGCAUCGCUUGGGAAUCUCACUGUUAUUGGUGAGGCCGCGCGAGCCAACAAUGAGUCUCUAUUAUGGGGUCCAUACAAGUCGAAUCUCUACUUCGGCGUGCGACCUCGUCUUGCAAACAGUCUCACUGCAGGCCUUAUGUGGUCGAAGGUUGAUGACUUCGCUUCAGUUCAACAAAACUUCAGGCACACCUGCGAACAAAAUGAAGGCAUGGCGGGAUAUGGCUGGGACGAAUACGAUAUUCGAAAGGGUGGUCGUGAAACCAUUCACGAUGCCGGAAACACCUUGGACCUGACCAUUGACUUCAUCAAAGUGCCAGGUGGUCAACACGGUGGCAGCUGGGGCUUUCGCGUGAAAGGAAUCCCAAGAGAAGAUGGGAGCCCUGAUCAAGCGACUUCAGUUGUUUUCUACGCCACCUUGGAAGGGCUUGGUCAGCUGGGAGUCGAUAUGAGCACUGUCUCUGACCACGCGCCAAUGGAGGGCGCCCUGCGAUUCAAUGGAUAUGCUUCUGAACUGGGGGACUUCACAAUCGACGUCACAGAUGGCCCGAGCAGCAAUGAAUACUUUGAAGUUGGCGAUGAUAAAUUGGGCAAAUUACUGGGCCAUGGCCUUGUCUCCAGUGCGACAAUGCCACAGGAAGCUCUUUGGCAAGCGAAGGGCAUUCUCUUUGCCCAGAUGAAGGGCGAGGUCGAUGCCGCCAUUGAGAAGCUCGGUACCGAUAACCCACCUCACCCAGCUCAGCUCUUCACCAUCAAGCACGUGCCUGGCGACGGCAACGUUCAUCUCGUGCAGAAAGUCUUCAAGGGCGCCUUCGAGUUUGAUGUCCUUUUCUCAUCAGGAUCUGCCCCCAAACCUAUGACCUCGGACACAAUCACAGAACAGAAGAAGCAAGCAUUUGUGUCAUUUUCCGAGCGAUUCAAGGAGGUGCUUGCUCCGCAAGCGCCUUUUGAUAAGGACGCUGAGUUCUCAACCUUCUCCAAGGCCAUGAUUUCCAAUUUGGUGGGCGGCAUCGGCUUCUUCCAUGGCGAUGACGUUGUUGAUCGAUCUGCUUCACCCGCCUACGAAGAGGAAAAUGAGGGUUUCUGGGAGGAGACUGCGAAAGCGCGCGCUGAGGCUCAACCAGUGACGGAGGGUCCAAAGGAUCUUUUCACGUGUGUUCCGUCUCGGCCAUUCUUCCCAAGAGGAUUCCUUUGGGACGAAGGUUUCCACCUCAUUCCCAUCAUGGAAUAUGAUUCCGAUCUUGCUCUCGAAAUCAUCAAAAGCUGGUUCCAUCUUAUGGACGAAGACGGUUGGAUUGCGAGAGAGCAAAUCCUGGGCCACGAAGCACGAAGCAAGGUUCCCGCUGAAUUUACAGUUCAGUACCCUCAUUACGCAAAUCCUCCGACACUGUUCAUGGCUUUGGAAGACUUCAUGGACAGAGCCAGAUCAAACCAGAGCAUUCAAUCUACAAGCACCCCUCAUGAGGAUCCUGCGGAGUCUCUCCGGUCAGCCACCUUGCGGAAUCCGGAGUUGGCAAAUGGCUACCUUCGGUCAUUCUAUCCUUUGAUGAAGAGACACUACUUCUGGUACCGAAAGACUCAGCGUGGAGACAUCAAGUCUUAUGAUCGCGAGGCCUUCUCAACUAAGGAAGGCUACCGCUGGCGAGGACGUUCAGUGCAACACAUCUUGACGUCUGGUAUCGAUGACUAUCCCCGCCCUCAGCCGCCUCACCCCGGUGAGCUGCACGUGGACCUCAUCAGCUGGAUUGGCAUGAUGACCCGCACGCUUCGUCGCAUUGCCGAUUAUCUGGGCGAGACAGAGGAUGCCGAAGAGUUUGCUUACUACGAAAAUGCUAUCACACGCAACAUUGAUGACCUUCACUGGGACGAGAAAGAGCAAACCUUCUGCGAUGCCACCAUUGACGAGUUUGAAGAGAGCGUCCAUGUAUGCCAUAAGGGCUACGUCUCUAUCUUCCCAUUUCUGACCGGCAUGUUGGGCCCUGAUAGUCCUCGUCUCAAGGCUAUUCUCGAUCUGAUCAGCGACCCAGAAGAACUGUGGAGUGAUUAUGGUAUCCGCAGUCUCAGCAAAAAAGAUCAGCACUAUGGCACGGAAGAGAACUAUUGGCGAAGCCCCGUCUGGAUGCCAAUCAAUUAUCUGGUAUUGAAGAAUCUAUAUGAACUUGCCAUCGUCUCUGGCCCUCACCAAGAUCAAGCUCGUGAGAUGUAUACCAAUUUGCGGAAGAAUCUAGUGGAGAACAUUUUCAAGGAAUGGAAGAGGACUGGAUUUGCCUGGGAGCAGUACAACCCUGAAACAGGCGUGGGACAGCGAACUCAGCACUUCACUGGCUGGACCAGUCUGGUGGUGAAUGUGAUGGCGAUGCCGGAUUUGCGGAAGAGCAAGCCAGCUUCCCACGAUGAGCUAUGA